UCCAACUUCCAGGUGGAAAAUUGUGGCCUGGAUAUGACCGGUAUUAAAAUGGCCGAUAUCGCGGAGAGUAUUUUCCCAGGCUUGGAACUCACACUUCGCUUGCCAUGUCCUUCUCUCCACGAAAAACGCGUAGCGCGACCGGUGCACUCCAUAACCGAACCGCAGCAGCUCCAGUAGCGCGUCCAGCCAAGAAAGGACGCGUCGUCUCGUCGUCAAAAGCUAAAUCCAACAUAUCACCGGUACAGCGGCUUCACGACCUUCUUACCGACGCGUUGAAUACCGCAAAGUCACUCGAAAUGACCCCUGACAAUCACGUCGCCCUUCAGAACGUCCGUAAAAUUGCUGUUUCACUUCUGGAUAUUCUUCCAGGGGAAAAAAGAGCAGUUAAAGACCUCAAAUACGAGUUGCACGAUAUUUCUCUGACGUCGUUGUCAAGUGAACUUGCCACGAGCGAAAAAUACGACCCGGAGGAUAGACAUGAUGAACAAGGCCCCCUGAUGGAUAGGAUCAUGAAGGAGGUUGUCGAAUGGCUUCCCGAUAUCUGGCUCACAAUGGCUGAAGAAAACGCAGACAUGGACCUUAUCCGCAGAUGUUUGAUCCUUUGCUCAUCAGCCGCCGACGAUCUCGGCGGCGAAUAUGACUGCACCGACACACUAGUCAUCACAAACUCGGAGAAGAAAACGGUCUAUAAUCAAAGUCACUAUGUUGUCGACUAUAUGGCUUGGAUGUGGAGAGAAUUCCUCGUAUUCUCAGCGGUGCGAGGGGCCCCAGUCUCUGUCUGUGGGGUCAUAAGGGAUGAUGAAGAGUAUGAACAGAUCUUCAGUCUGUUUCGUCAGGAUACCACUGGUACGUUUUUGGCGUCACGGAUGUCUCCCCUUCGUUUGACUGACGACGGUAUAGACCCAAAAAACGAGGAUGGAUAUGCUUUCUGGGACGACCAUUGGUCAGAAGAAAUGAGGACCAUCGCUAACCGUCUUUAUGCUGAACGUCACAAUCACCGAAUCACUGAGUUCAUCAAGAAACCCUCUUUUCACCUGUACACUAAAUUAGUGUCAGAUUAUCCUGACAUCAAGAGUUCACUUCUAUGCUCAGUCAGAGAACGACUCUUCUUAGACAAGCCCUUCAUUCGGUACUUCGACGCGGCGGAAAUCUUGGCAGCAGCCUCCCAAACAGAAGACAUCGUCCGUCUGCCCGAUUACUUGACCGAUAAAAACUUCACCCUUCACGCCCCAACCGUCCUCAUCAUCGUCAAAUAUCUCUCCAACGUGUCCGACAAAAAACUUCGCACUCGUGCUCUCCAAGUUGUGGAAAAAGGGCUCAAGACGUUGAAACGAGACACGUUAGAUGCCGUGAACCAUCUGUUCCCAGGACUGGGUGAUGCACAGCUCUGGCUUUGUUGCCUUCGAGAUGCCGGAGACUUUCCUUUUGACGACGAUACUCUCCACGAUAAAUAUAACGAGCGGGAUGCAAACCUUCGCAGCUUUGCCGAACGUGCAGCCAACGGGGGCCCGCUGACUGACCCCAACUGGGCGCCUCCAGUAAAGAAGCCUGAGAUUCAGAGGGAGUUCGAUGUCGAGGAUGAAGACGAUUAUCUUGAAGAGGUGCCUCAACUGUCGGAACGUGACUUGGAGCAGUCAAUCCAAGACUGGGCUCAGGCUUUGAGCGAAUGGCCUGAUCAGAAGGCAGCGGCGGAGAUGUGGAAUAGGAUCAAGUUUGAUAGCUCUGAGUUGCUACUUUCCGUCGUGGAGGGUGCAGAAGAAGCGUUGAUGGACCGCAUACAGAAGGCCGACUCGGUGCAGAUAGAGAAGUGGCGCCAGGCCAAUCCUCCGCCUCCUCCCCCACCACCGCGGCCAAAAUCGCAACCCCGACCGCAUUUCUGGAGAAUGCCAGCAUCCAGUUACAGAUCCUACUAUGACUAUGACAGGUCUCCCAGUCGCGUGUACAGUUAUGUCAUGGAUGGUCUGCACGCGCUGAUCAAGACGUUCGCUUGUCAAGACCAUCGCAAUUUGUGCAGAUAGAUUCGUAUGCAGUAUUCUGAUUUCUUCCAUUCGUCAGUAUUUUGGUACGCAAAAUAUAGCUAAGUAGUAGAUUUGGCAUGGCUAUAAGUUAUGAAAAGGUUCAGUUUUGUUGUGGUCCCGCGGAGCCUUAGGCACGACAGAGGAAGAAUCCCUUCGCGAAGCUUGAACGACAAACACAGAAUAUGUCCUGACCGAGGAGA